GCGCAGAGGCUGCUGGCGCACCGGAGACUGCAGAAAUCCUUCUUUGAGACGCUCAUCAGGAGCCUGAUCAUCUUGUGCGUGGCGAUAGCAGUGGUCUUGUCAUCCAUCUCUGUCUGCGAUGGCCGCUGGCUCUUCGCGAGGGGGCAGCUCUUCGGACUGUGGCACUUCUGCACCGUUAGCAACAGCAGCGUCCUGAAGUGCGUCACUGACCUCAGCCUGGCCAAUGUGGAGGGGCUGAGUGUGGGGGUGAUUCCUAUAAGAAGCAUGGUGUCCUUUGCUGUUGUGGUCGCUAUAUUUGGCCUGGAGCUCCUGAUGGUGUCCCAAGUCUGCGAGGAUGCCAACGCAAGGCGGAAGUGGUCGAUGGGCUCGGUUCUCAUCCUUGGCUCGUUUUUGCUGUCGGCCACUGGGGUUCUGAGCUUCUCCAUCCUCGUGAAGGAUCACCUCACCUUCAUGGGCUUCACGCUGACGUACUGGUGCGAGUUCAUCGCUGCCUUUCUCUUCUUCCUUAAUGGGAUCAGUGGACUUCACAUCAACAGCCUCACACACCCCAGGAACAGCGUAGGCAAAAUCUAG